AUUAUGUACAAGCACGUCAUUGUGGUUGCUCUCAUUGCUGUCUUUGCAAUGGCUGCAACAGUUCAAGGCUAUGGCUACGGUGGAAUCGGCAGUGGAUUGGGAGGCGUCGGUGGAGUCAGUGGCGGAUAUGGUGGAGGAAUUGGUGGAGGAUAUGGUGGAGGAAUAGGUGGAGGUUCUCUCCUUCCUGUAGCAGGUGGAGGAAUUAGAGGAGGUUUUGGUAUUGGUGGCAGAUAUGGUAGUGGAAUUGGCAGUGGAUACGGAGGUGGAUAUGGAAUAGGCGGUGGAUACGGUAGUGGAAUCGGCAACGGAUUCGGCAGUAGAUUCGGCAGUGGAUUCGGCAUUGGAUUCGACAGCGGGUUCGACAGCGAUUUCGACAGUGGAUUUGGUGGAAAACACGGCUACGACUAA